GCAUCUCGCAUCGCGACCGUCCAAUCACCUUGCAUCCAACGCUCCUCCCUCACUAUUUAUACCCCUCGACCUUCACCUCCACUCCUCACCCAUACUUCCGCCGAUGGCGAUCUCCAACUCCUCGCUGAUCUUCCCCUCUCUCCUUCUCGCCGUGGCCUUCGCCGCAUCUGCGCUCGUCGGCGGCGGAUCGGCGGCUGCAUUCGCCUGCGGGAGCGGCAGUGCAACCAAGGCGCUGCCGUUCUGCCAGCCGGGUCGCCCGAUCCGGGAGCGCGCGCGCGACCUGAUCGCGCGGCUUACGGUGGCGGAGAAGGUGGCGAUGCUGGUGAACAAUGCGGCCGGGGUCCCGAGGCUCGGCAUCCCUCGCUACGAGUGGUGGUCGGAGGCGCUCCACGGCGUGGCUGUCAGCCCCGGCGUCCAUUUCGGCGGCGACUACCCCUCCGCCACUAGCUUUCCGCAGGUCAUCUCCUCCGCCGCCACCUUCAAUGCCUCCCUCUGGGAGCUCAUGGGCAAGGUAGUGUCAGAUGAAGCGCGGGCGUUGUACAACAGCGGAAGGGCGGGGCUCACGUACUGGAGCCCCAAUGUGAACAUCUAUCGGGACCCGCGGUGGGGCCGCGGCCAGGAGACCCCCGGCGAGGACCCUGCUGUCUCCGCCCGUUACGCCGCCGCCUACGUCCGCGGCCUCCAGCAGCCCUCCGGCGGCAACCGCGGCCUCUCCCGCCUCAAGGUCGCCGCCUGCUGCAAGCACUACACCGCCUACGACCUCGACAACUGGAAAGGCUACGAUCGCUUCCAUUUCAACGCUAAGGUGAGCAAGCAAGAUCUGGAGGACACGUACAAUGUGCCCUUCAAGGCAUGCGUGCUCGACGGCGGAGUGGCGAGCGUGAUGUGCUCCUACAAUCAAGUUAAUGGCGUCCCCAGCUGCGCCGAUCCCAACCUCCUCCGCAACACCAUCCGCGGCCAAUGGAGGCUCAACGGCUAUAUCGUCUCCGACUGUGACUCAGUCGGCGUCUUCUACAACGCGCAACACUACGGCUCCAGACCCGAAGACGCCGUCGCCUACGCGCUCAAAGCCGGGUUGGACUUGGACUGCGGGCCGUUCCUGGCGCAGUACACGGAGAACGCGCUGAGACAGGGCAAAGUGAGCGAGGCAAACAUCGACUCCGCGCUGACGCACACUGUGGCUGUGCAGAUGAGGCUCGGCCUGUUCGAUGGAGAAAAUCAGCCGUUCCGUGACAUCGGUCUGAGCGAUCUGUGCUCCAAUUCGCACCGGAGUCUCGCACUCGAGGCCGCACGCCAAGCUAUUGUUCUGCUCAAGAACCGAGCCAAGACGCUCCCGCUAUCACCCUCCCGCCUACGAACGGUCGCCGUCAUCGGCCCCAACUCGGAUGCCACUACCACCAUGAUCGGAAACUACGCCGGCAUUCCUUGUGCGUACACAAGCCCGCUGAAGGGCAUCGCUAGCUACGCGAGGACGGUCCAUGCGGUGGGAUGCACCAGCGUCGCCUGCGCUGGGGAGCAGCCCGUCGACGCCGCGGUGGAGGCGGCAAGGCAUGCCGACGCGGUCGUUCUGGUGGUGGGCCUUGACCUGUCAAUUGAGGCCGAGGGGCGGGACCGUUUCGACCUCCUUCUUCCUGGCCGGCAGCAGGAGCUGAUCACGGCGGUAGCCAAGGCUUCCAAAGGUCCCACCGUGCUCGUCCUCAUGAGCGGCGGCCCCCUCGAUGUCUCCUUUGCUGAGGCAGAUCCCAAUGUCGACGCCAUCCUCUGGGCCGGCUACCCCGGCCAGGCCGGCGGCGCCGCCAUCGCCGACGUCAUUUUUGGCGCGCAUAAUCCAGGCGGUAAACUGCCGGUGACGUGGUACCCUCAAUUCUACGUAGACAAAGUCGCAAUGACCGACAUGGCCAUGCGGCCCAACCCUUCCACAGGCUAUCCAGGCCGGUCGUACAGAUUCUACAGCGGCCCGGUGGUGUACCCCUUCGGCCACGGCCUGAGCUACAGCGUGUUCACUCACUCGCUGGCCCUUGCUCCGUCCCGGCUCUCGGUUCGGCUGGCAGGCACCCAAACCAAUCCGCUCAACUCCACCACCAACCGGGCGGUCCGGGUCAAACAUGCCCAAUGCAACGGCCUCGCCGUUCCCGUCCACGUCGACGUAACCAACGCCGGCGAUCGCGACGGCGCUCACGCAGUGCUAGUGUAUUGGCGCCCGCCGGCCGGGCACGCGGCCGCCGCCAGGCAACUGGUCGCGUUCGAAAAGGUGCACGUGGCUGCCGGGGAGCGGGUGAGGGUGGCCCUGGGCCUCGACGUGUGCACGGAUCUCACGGUGGCGGACGUCUACGGGGUCCGACGAAUUCCCCUGGGGGACCACAGCUUUGAGAUCGGCGAGUUGACGCACACCUUGUCGUUGCAGGGCGACUCGUUGCAGUGGUAGGGGAGACUGCAAGAUGAGUGGCGGUUUAGAUAAUUUGCCUCGAAGGUGAAGGGCGCGGGAUCAGAUUGCCAAUUCUUGUUAAAUCGUUCGUGUCGAUUGCAAAAUUAAGCACAUAUAUAGCGAAGUAAGAUUGUUUG